AUGAAUCAGGGUGAAGUGAUGCCAUUACUGAAGCAGCUCCUGCUCCUCGCUGCUCUCCUCCUCCUGUCCGUUGUUCCCACUGAAACUGAAGUGGUGACAUCAGUGGAAGACUGUAAUAAGUUUUUUCUGAAGUCUGAAACUCCACCAAACAUCAUGAAAAUUUUGGAGGGAGGGAAGAUCCUGGACCAAAACAGAUACAAAUGGAUUUGUCAGAGUUAUAAGGACUUCAAAACAUUUGUGACGCUCUACGACACCCAGAACAAGAUUCCAGUUUUUUCUGCUGCAAAGUUCAAUGGGAGCACACCUCGAAGACCCAACAUCCCAUGGAUGAUUGAACCACAGCUUGAAAACAUAACUGACAAUUCAAAUAUGAGAAGAUCAAACGACACUAUCAACUACAACUACCAGGCUGGGAACAAAGACUAUAAAACCAACCAAGGGUUUGACAGAGGACACUUGUUUCCAAGCUCUUACGGAUUUACUGAUUUAGAAAAAAAAUCUACUUUUACUCUGACUAACAUUGUUCCACAAAAAGCUAGAUUCAACCAGGUAAGCUGGAACAGAAUGGAGGAAUGCAUCAAAUGUGUUUUGAAUGAAUAUUGCUUUAACAACAAUGGCAAUAUAGAAGGCUUUGUAGUUAUCGGAGCACAGCCCAGCAACAACGGUCCCAACAACAGUCUCAACAACAGGAUCAAUAUUCCUUCAGUGCUCUGGUCGGCCUUCUGCUGCUACAGUCACAGUCAGAACAAAUGGCUGGCAAGUGCACACUGGGGCAACAACACAGAUCAUGGCCCUGAACAUCUGGAUACAAAGACCUUGGGAGAACUCCACGCAGAGCUGGGAAUUGAAGACACAGCUGCGUUUGAUUAG